AUGUCCUUUAGGAAAAGAAAUGCUGUGAUCAGCAGCCCAAAUUCAUCUCAGUCGACGCCAUCCAAGAUUGAGAAUGCACCUAUCCCUGGAGUUAGACCCUCUCUUGUCGAUGGUCGACCAACUACUUCUACUGGAACUGCAUCUCUAGAUAGUCUACUCGCUGGACAUGCUGGCUUACCCCUGGGCACAUCGCUUCUGAUCGGAGAGCACGGUACUACUGACUUCGCCGGUGUACUUCUCCGUUACUAUGCCGCCGAGGGCAUGGUUCAGGGACAUCAGAUCCAUGUCCUUGGCUUACACGAAAGUUGGCGCUAUGAGCUCCCCGGCCUUUCGACCGAGGACAAGAGGUCGUCAAGCAAGUCGGAAACUCCCUCAGAUGACAAGAUGAAGAUAGCUUGGAGAUAUGAAAGCUUAUCAUCUGGGACAACCCCGAGGGAUAGAAACGCACCGCUGAGGCGAAGUAAUUUUACGACGGACCCUUCAUCUAACUUUUGCCAUUCUUUCGAUCUUACCAAGAAACUUAGCCCGACAAAUGUCAAGGGUCAAAUUGGCUUUCACCCUUCAAUGAGCAUACCAGGGAUACCUCCUCGUACGAAAGAUACAGGGUCGCCUUUCCAGGCGUUUAUUAAGACCGUAGCUUACAAGCUUGCGAAUUCGCCGUCGUCGUGGAUCCAUCGUGUCAUAGUACCGAGUCUCUUGUCCCCGACAGGAUACGCUGGUUCGUCUGCUCGGCCCGAAGAGGUCUUGCAGUUUCUACACGCACUUAGAGGGUUGUUAAGACAGUACCCGGCCAAACUCACGGCUAUUAUUACCUUGCCGCUCUCGCUUUAUCCCAGGACCACGGGACUUACACGUUGGAUGGAGCUGUUGUCCGACGGCGUUUUUGAGCUCAUCCCGCUCCAGUCUAGCGUUAUCCACGCCCCUCCUCCGUCUUCGAAAUCAGAUUCCAAGUCAGACGAGCAGACUCAGGGUCUUGUUAAAAUCCACAGUCUACCAAUUUUCCACGAAAAAGGCGGGGGUUCUUCUGAGGGCCAUGCUGCUCACGGGGAUCUAUCGUUCAGCCUAAGUCGGUCCAAGGGGCUUGUGAUAAAACCAUUCUAUUUGCCUCCUGUUGGAGAGGAUGAAGAAGAAGAGAAGAAGAAGAAGAAAGGAGAUUCUGGUGAGUCGAGAUUAAUACCCCUCGCGGGGCGGUACCUACUCUUCGACAUAGAGGACGUGAUGCACUUGCGCAAGAACCACAACAUCUGCUCCGUGUUCGUCGGCGCGAUUCCCCAGAAUCCCCAGCAGAACAUAUUCAUGGGGCUGCCUAUCGAGCUGAUGCCCGAGGAGGCCCAGGUCCUCGUCGACAAGAGAGUAGGAUACAUCGUAGAUGACGCCACGUUCCACCCCGCGCGUCUCGCCGCCUUGGAUGACGACGCGCGCCGCAGAUACCUGCAGGCUGUCAAGGCUGAGGGCAGGAAGGCCCAAAUUGCAGCUGCGGAGAGCAAGCAGAACGCGAAGCCUAAGGUGACAGCAGGUACUACUAAGAAAGAAAAAGUCAAACCAAAGGCUUCAGAAAACGAGACUAGUACCGAAGCCCAUGACGGCGAAUCUCCCUUCAGCCCUCCCUCCCCGCCACCGUCAAGUGGCGUCCCUUUCUCCAGCUCCCAAGCGGAAAACCCCCCACCCGCCUUCGCCGUAACACCCACAACAAGCAGCCUUCUUUUUAUACCUCCUUCCCCUCCUGACUCCCCUGACUCUCCUCCUCCUCCUUCUUCUCCUUCUCCCUCCGUCUCCCCCCUCCCGCUCUCGUACCCGCUGUACGCGCACCUCCAGGACCGCGGCUACUACAUGAUGCCCGGCCUGCGCUUCGGCUGCGACUACAACGUCUACCCCGGCGACCCCCUGCGCUUCCACAGCCACUUCCAGGCCGCCAGCUACGGCUGGGACGAGGAGAUCGCCGUUCUGGAUAUCGUCGCCGGCGGGAGGCUCGGCACCAACGUCAAGAAGGGGUAUUUGAUCGGUGGGGCCGUGGUAGGUGACGAUGGCGAUGGUCAUGAUAAUGCAAAUACGGAUGAGAAAAAGCAGGCAAUAGAUAAGAACCCUAACGCCCCGCGAGCUCGGGCUUUCUGUAUAGAAUGGGCGGCAAUGUAG